UGGGUGCGACUGUGAGCGUGGCGGCAGGGGGAACAUGUACACUUCUUGACCAAGUCAGUUAAUACAAGGGAAGUGUUUGUGUUAAAUAGUGCGCCAUUCCUCCCACCCGCCCAGUGAGUUAGUGACAGGCACCACGCCCUAGGUGCUCAAGAGGCAAGGAAUCAAGUGCUAACUUGGUCUGUAGACCCCAUCGAUCAUAGAAGUCAAUUAUAGUUGAUACCUGGACGAGCCUCACGUAACUACUAUGAUGAUGCAUCCCAGCAAAGAUCAAGCACAUAAGGCCCAGGCAGUUAGGAAAGUUCUGGGAAGUCUCAACAAAGCCUCUGCCAAUGUCAACAUAAACAAACAGCUGGUGGAGAUAUUGGUGGAUGAGCUGAACCUUCGCCUCCAGAAUGAGACAGGGAUACUGAAGGGUGCCACCAUAAGGCACUCUGGCAGUGCUUAUGAGAACCUGGCGGUUGAUGAUGAUGCUGACUUUGACUUGAUCCUACAGCUUGGGGAGCCCUUCGUCAGUAGAAACUUUGAAGUAAGUAAUAUUAAUUGGAAGCCACACUGCGACCUGCAUGAUGAUGCAUGGGACACAUUAACACAAUACUUAAUGUCUUAA